AUGUGUGGAAUUAGUGCUUUCCUUACCCACCCUGGCCAGUCUAGGUCGCCUGUGUUGAAUGGAGAAGCCAAGCAUGCGGCGGAUGAACUGGAGAGCAGUCUUGAUCUGAUUGCUCAUCGUGGGCCAGAUGCUCGGGGCCGUUGGUUCAGUGAUGAUAAUCAUGUUGGCCUUGGACAUGUUCGAUUAUCCAUCAUAGAUCUUAGCCCGAGUGGAAACCAGCCCUUUCAUGACGAAGAAGGCGGUAUCCAUGCUGUUGUGAACGGCGAGCUCUAUGACUACGAGCGCUACAAAGCUCAAUUAGCAGAUGAGUUCAAAUUUGUUGGAAACAGUGACUGUGAAAUCGUCAUUGCACUUUAUAAACACUACGGCCUUUCCUUCAUCUCUCAUCUCAGAGGCGAGUUCGCAUUUGUCCUAUGGGAUGCAAACCGUCAGCAACUCAUUGCUGCCAGAGAUCGGUAUGGGAUUAAGUCUCUUUACUACACAGUUCAUCAGAACAAGCUGUUAGUUGCGACUGAGAUCAAGUCGUUUCUGGCGUUUGGUCUGCAACCAGAGUGGUGUAUACGGUCGCUACGAGACCAGAGCUGGAGGGUCGAUUCAACUACUUUCUUUGAAGGUGUUUACAAGGUCCUGCCCGGACAUUAUCUCAUUUGUCGACCCAAUGAAAGGGAAGAACAAAAGCCAUAUUGGGAUCUUGAGUAUCCGGACAAGCUAUCCAAGGAUCCACGAUCUGAGGAGGAAAUCACUGAAGGUGUCAGGGAACGCCUUCUAGAAGCUGUGAGGAUCCGCCUCAAGGCAGAUGUUCCUGUAGCUGUCUACCUUUCUGGUGGAAUCGACUCGUCUUCAGUCGCUGGAAUGGUAUCGCAUCUCAUCAAGCAGGGCACAAAAUUGGGUAAUGAGGCGAGUUUGGCCCCGUCUAGUAUGAAAUGCUAUACUGUCCAGUUCGAUGAGGGUAGUGGUGCAGACGAGUCAGCAAUUGCACGUCGCACUGCAGACUGGCUCGGCGUUGAUAUCCAUCUAGUCAAGAUGGAUGAAGAGGCCCUCGUUGCACGAUUUGAAGACACAACUUGGUACAGCGAAGUCCCUCUUCCAGAUCUGAAUGGGAUGGGCCGAUUAGCAUUGGCGGAGGCUGUGCACGCUCAGGGCAUCAAGGCUGUCAUUACGGGCGAGGGUUCUGAUGAGCACUUUGGAGGUUACGAUGCGUUCAGGGCGGAUUCGCUCAGCGAGCCUGACCAUUCGUGGUCUACGAUGAUGACCAAUGCUGAGCGUCAAGAGGCAUAUGCUCUGGCUAGCGAACAAGCUCAAUAUGGCAUCUUUGGAGACUUCACACCUAAGGUGCCGACCUCCACAAAGCGCAUGUUCUGUUCCAACCAUGUCACGAGUUCCAUCGCGAGAGUCGGAAGUCUCCCGUUCUCCGACUGGACGAGGGUGUAUGGAAACAGCACUCCCGAGACCAGUCUCGUUGAAGGCUUCGAUGGAAGAGUCCGAGACAACAUACUCAAACGGUGGCAUCCUGUACACACUGCACAGUACAUGUUUGUCAAAACUUUCAUGCCUCACUUUAUCUUGAGAUACAACGGAGACAACAUCGACAUGGUCCAUCAAGUCGAAAGCCGUUGUCCUUUCCUUGAUCAUCAUCUGACCGAGUACGUCAACAAUGUGCCACCCAGUUUGAAGAUGAGGUACAACGCGAAGGACAAGACUUGGCGCGAGAAGCAUAUUCUUCGCGAGGCUGUGAAGCCUUAUGUUACUGAUGAGGUGUACAACAUGAGUAAGAAGGCUUACAUGGGCCCCAGGAAGUUUUGGCCUGGUGGACCACUUCAUAAGAAGAUUAUGGAGUUAGUUACAAAGGAAAAUGUGGAUAAACUGGGGUUUGUGGACUGGGAGGCUACACAGGAGGCUAUGGAUGGGGCCUUCAAUCGGCAGGAAGCUCUGCCACUGCGUCGUAUAAUUACCGUGGCGCAAUUCGUUGUUCUAGGACAGCGUUUUGGUGUUAAGAAAGCUUAUGGCGAGAGUAGCUAG